AUGUCUGAUCGCAAAAGAAGAAGAGAUAGUAACGCCAGAGAGGUUGGCGCUGGAUCAAGUGACAUUCCAGCCGAUUCUCCCUUUAUUCCUCCUUCCUCACCUGCCGUCUUCUUCUCAGAAGCUGACUACAGAAAUGAAGCCGAAGAGGUAGUGGAAGAGGAAGUAUUUGAAGACGCUAUUGGAUUAGAAUCUGAUAAUGGCGAAGAUUUGUUUGGCUCUGACAUGGAAAGAGAUUACGCUCAAAACUCGCAGUUGGAUCGAUACGAAACACAGGAUGUGGACGACGAAUACUACGCACCCUUGGACCCUGCUUUGCGACAAGCCGUUGAUGCUCAGUUGCACAGACGAGACGUUGAAAUCAAUCGUCGAGAAGGUCGAAUGGCCAAAGCAUUCCUUGAAGGUUUGGACGACGAGGAAAUCGACAGUCAGGCUAUUCCCACUCGUCGUCGCCAUCGACGGUUCUAUGAAGCGCAAAAUUUUGACGAAGCAGACGAAGCACCCGAAAUGACAUUGGAUGAACUGCGCAACGUCAAAAAUGCCACAAUUGGUGAUUGGAUCAGUCAGGAAGCCCCACGCAGAACAAUCAAGCGUGAGUUCCGAGAUUUCUUGCAAACGUAUGUCGACGAACACGGUUUUUCCGUCUACGGUGAAAGAAUCAGAGACAUGGGUGAACGUAAUCGUGAGUCGUUUGAAAUCAACUAUGAACACUUGACCCAAAGUAAAACGAUUUUGGCCUACUUCUUGGCCAACUCGCCUAUUGCCAUGCUCAAGAUUUUUGACGAAGUGGCUUUGGAAGUCACGCUCAUGCAGUUCCCUGAAUACGAGCGCAUUCAUCGCGAAAUUCAUGUCAGAAUCACCGAUCUUCCCACCAUCAACACGUUACGACAGUUACGUCAAAGUCAACUCAACUGCCUUGUCCGUGUCUCCGGUGUCGUGACCCGACGUACCGGUGUGUUCCCGCAAUUGAAAUGGGUGAAAUACAACUGUGGCAAAUGUUCCGAACUUUUGGGUCCCUUCUAUCAGGACAUCCAUAACGAAAUCAAGAUCAACACUUGUCCCAGCUGUCAAAGUAAGGGUCCCUUCAUCAUCAAUAUGGAGCAGACUGUUUACCGUAACUAUCAAAAAUUGACGAUUCAAGAAAGUCCUGGCACGGUGCCUCCUGGUCGAUUACCGCGUCAUCGAGAAGUCAUCUGUUUAUGGGAUCUCAUUGACCAAGCCAAACCUGGCGAGGAAAUUGAAGUUAUUGGUAUCUAUCGCAACAACUUUGAUGCUUCUUUAAGCACCAAGAAUGGUUUUCCUGUCUUUGCCACCAUCAUCGAAGCCAACUACAUCAAUAAGAAGGAGGAUAUGUUUGCGGCUUACCGCCUGACCGAUGAUGAUAAGAAAUUCAUUGCCAACAUGGGCAAAGAUAAGCGUAUUGGCAAAAAGAUUUUCAAGAGCAUGGCUCCUUCCAUUUAUGGCCAUGAGGAUAUUAAGCGCGCGAUUGCCUUGUCCCUGUUUGGUGGUGUACCGAAAAACAUCCAAGGAAAGCAUACCAUUCGUGGCGAUAUCAAUAUCUUGUUGCUCGGUGACCCCGGUACUGCUAAAUCCCAAUUCUUAAAAUACGUCGAAAAGACAGCGCAUCGUUCCGUUUUCACGACAGGUCAAGGUGCCAGUGCGGUCGGUUUAACCGCAUCCGUCCACAAAGAUCCUAUUACACGUGAAUGGACUUUGGAAGGUGGUGCACUGGUGUUGGCUGAUCGCGGUGUCUGUUUGAUUGACGAGUUUGACAAGAUGAAUGACGCAGACAGAACAUCCAUUCACGAAGCAAUGGAACAACAGUCCAUUUCCAUUUCCAAAGCUGGUAUCGUUACUACAUUGCAAGCUCGCUGCUCCAUCAUUGCUGCUGCCAAUCCUAUCCGUGGUCGUUACAAUGCCUCUAUUCCAUUUUCUCAAAACGUCGAAUUGACAGAACCCAUCUUGUCGCGUUUUGACGUCCUUUGUGUGGUGAAGGAUAUUGUGGAUCCCGAACAAGAUCAUAUUUUAGCGACCAAUGUCAUCAAUAGUCACGUACGAAGCCAUCCCUUGUACAGCGCGGCCACAAGCCAUUUUGCACAACCCAUGGAAGAAGAUCCUGAAAUUAUUCCUCAAGAUAUUCUUCGUAAAUACAUCAUGUACGCUCGUGAAAAGAUUCAUCCCAAAUUGCAGCAAGUGGAUGAAGACAAGUUGUCGCGAUUAUAUUCCGAGUUGAGAAAAGAGUCACUGGCCAGUGGCAGCGUUCCCAUCACGGUGCGUCACUUGGAAUCGAUGAUCCGUUUAGCAGAAGCCAACGCUCGCAUGCAUCUUCGAGAAUACGUACGUUCCGAUGAUGUGGACAUGGCUAUCAAGGUGGCUCUGGACAGUUUCAUCAGUGCACAGAAAUACAGCAUGAUGAAGACUUUGCGUCGACGUUUUGCCAAGUAUAUCAAUCAGACCCAUGAUUACGAUGAAUUGCUACUGUCCACAUUGGAUGGUCUGUGCAAGGAAAGCCGACGACUGUAUCAACUCAAGCAUAAGGCUCUUCCUAGCGAAGUCAGCAUCAAGAUGGAAGAUUUCGAAAAUAGGGCACGGCGAAUGCAUAUCUAUGAUUUGCAACCAUUCCUUCAUUCUCAAGUUUUCGAAAAGCACAGAUAUACGCUCAAGCCUACUGAAGGUGUCAUUGUUAAAUCCUACGAGUAA